AUGCAUCACGAAUGCCAUGCAUCCAGAGUACAGACGUCUCACAGUGAUCGAGCAUGUCCAGUUCCUCCCUGUACCACUGCAGUUCCUCCCCGUCCCACUGCAGCUCCUCCACAUCCCGCUGCAGCUCCACGACCUUCGGCAUCACAUUCACAAUCAUCUCAUCCUGCAUCCUCUUCUGCUACUGCAUCAGCUAGUGCACCAGGGUCUGCAUCAGCAUCUGCACCAGUAUCUAUAUCAGUCGAUCCUUAUAGGUCAUCUGCGGGUUCGACCACUACUGUUGCAUCCAUCGGAGUUGUGCAGUCGCAGGAUCACUCUUAUAAUAAAAAAGAGAUUGGUCGCGGAAGGUCAUUGUUGAAAGACUAUACCAAAUGA